AUGCCUCGUGAUGCCGGCCCCCGCAAGCCCACCCUCAAGCAGCUGGCGAAGCAGAAAGCGAAGGACAUCAAGACCCGGGAGCGCAACGAGGCGACGUUCGCAUCCGCCGUUCAGCACUCCAAAAGCACCAUACUCGACGUGGACAUGCGGUUCAUUCAAGACACGCUGACCCAGAACCCGACUUGGAUUUCUCCACUCGCUGGUCUGAUCCGCUCGGGCUCGUUGAAUGGUCUUCUGAAGGACGUUGCCAAGAAGGAGGAGACCGGUGGACUGAGAUGGAAGGGCAAGUGCACCAAAUGGGGCAGUUUGCCGCUUGAGACGGCGAGCUUAAUGCUCAAGCAUUGCGGUGUGGAGCUCGCGGAGGACGUACAGAAGGACGAACCCGUCGUACGGACCCUCUUCGAGAUCCAGUUCUGGGCAGCCAAGUCGGCGUCCUUGCCAUCUCGUGCGGACAUUCGCUAUCAGUCCACGUUGGUCAAGUUAGCGAGGGCCCGCAUGGAGGACGUUGGUCGCAACUACAUAGCUGCGGUGAACUCGGCGGAGGCUAUCAGUGUUGACCGGGACAGGUACAACAUCUGGUCACUUAGAACAACACGUUGUACUGCCACGUCUUUGCCACACAAGAUGGACACCCUCGCCUCGUACCUCAGCCACGAGCUUCCUACUCUCCCGGACAACAAGACGUGGCAAUUGGACGACCCUUUUGCGGUGGACUGUGUCAUUUCAGAUGGACAGCAUAACUCGUUGUUCAGUUUUGAAUGCGCGCGUUUCUUUCCUACUUUGCCGGACAUGAAGGCCAAGUGGACCUUCGACUUGUCGUCGGACGCAGACACCACGGCUGGCCUCGGCGACAAUGUGCCGCAGGGCACCCUGUCGGUCCGGCACGAGUUUCACUGGGGCCGUGAAGCCGGACCUCCAGCUUUUUUCAGCUCUGCGUUGGACAAGCGUCGGACAGUUGCAUUUUGCAUUCCCUGCGGGACACACGGAAGCCUGAAGGGCGAGAGCUACAAGUACAAAGAGCCGCAGACCAAGGUAACGGAUGGACAUCGUUUUUGGCACAUGCGUUGGUUUGUGGACUUCCUCGGAGGACACGAGUCUCGAAAUUUCCUCGCAGGCAGUGUGUCGACGUUCAGGAACAAGCUCUUCACGAUUGCAUGGCCCUGCUGGACAGACACGGAGGACGCUCUGAAAAAAGAGAUCGAGUCGCACUUUCUCCAGAGUUCGUUCUCCCUCCUCAAGCAACAGGAGCACGCUGCAAACGCCGAGAAGAAGGGCACCAAACGAAAGGCAUCCUCGCAGCAGAUGCAGGACGACAUGGAGGACGACAACGAGCAAGCGGACAAUGAGGAGCACACGGGUGACCAGAUGGAAGAGGUAGCAGCUGGACGAAGCACACGUUGUACAGAGUUUGCCACGUCGAGCUUUGCAACGAUUGUUCUUUUGCAUCAAUGGCACCAGGGUAUGCGCAAAGAUGCCAAAUGGAAGAAGCCGGCAGAGGAGGUAUCCAAGCUGGCCGGGGAGUUGCUUCAAGGCCUCGCUUCCUUGUUCCUGCAGACCCCGCAGGACUUCUCAUUCACGUGGGACGGAAACACUCUGGUGCUGCCGUUCAAAGGAUGUUCGCUGGACGUGGACGAGGUUGUACUGCAAAACAGUUUACUUGCUAAAGUACUACACCGCGAUCGUUCCCGAUUCAUGGACGUGCUGCAGGAUGUGAAUGUGGACUGCACCCGUCGGACAAUUGGAGACACUCGCAAGUCAUCUAGUUUGAGGACGAAGUACUACUUGUUGGCGGCUUUGGCACGUGCCAUGGAUUCGUCGGACGACACGCAUUCCUGCUGGACAUCUUUGAAUGUGAAGCAAGUGAUGAGCACCUCCGGAUAUCGUCGGUCGUCCACGAGUUUUCGACAAGAGGACAGCAGCGAACAGCAGGACGAACAAAAGAUCAAGAAGCACGCUUCUAUGGACGCACACAGGCUAGCACGCAUGGAGCGAUACGCCUAUGUCACGCAGGGCAAGUCAGAUUUCCUCUCGACGGACAUUUUGUGCGUGGUGGCAGAUGCAGUGCACGUGGGAAGUGACGAUUGGCUGAACAUCAUGGUGUACAACCACACGACGGACAAAGUUUGGGUCUGCCCGCCGCAGGUCCAGAAAUCGUCCGUCUUGUCGGCUGAGCAGUGGAAAGCUAUGUGGAACAAGGCUUCCAAGAAGUUCCUCGGGAUCGAGAAACCCGUUGGACCUGGUCAUGCGGAGGACCGGCUGGCCACACUGUCUUGGAUGCAGGACAUAAACCACGGCUUGCGACCCAUUGGCUGGACUUUUGGCUGCUGCCAGAGCACGCCGGCCGGCCCCGCGGAGGACGACACGAAGGCUAAACGUGCACCGAUCAUGAUUUUGUGCACCGACCAAGAAGCAACACAGCUGGCGGCUGUCUCCUUCUUGAGGAACAAAAAGAGCCUCUGGAUCGAACACGUCUCGGACCCCGCCCACAGGUCGCACAACGACGUGGCUUUGGCCUUGUCGGCCGCUGGACUCCUGAAGUUCUGCACGUGCAUCUCGCUGUACAACAUCAGGUAUGGACCCUGGCAGAAGGGCUCGUGGGCGUUGAAGAUCCAGCAAGCCGCAAAUCGCAUGAAGGACAACAUGGACCCCUCGGACCCGAUAUUGCUCCUUUUCUUCCCGGACAUUCUGCUGGACGCCGGCCUCUCCCCCCUGGACGACAACACGGAGGAGAAACGCAGGUCGUUUUUGCAGACAUUACCCGACAUGGACUGCAUCCGCAUCAAGGGCACGAAGGCCAGCAAGAGUCGGUUCAAUUCCCUGACGACGGCCCACAGCGCGCUGGACAAAGAGUGGUCGGUCUUGGCUUUAGUUCUCACGGUGGUCUGCUUGGAGCACAACUGGGCAGUUUCCACUAAGGACCUCUUCUCGCAGGACAGCAACCAGGCCCGUGCCUCGGUUCCAUAUGGUGGAAGCAAGUCUUCUGCCAUACAGGAGGCCAAGCAAUGCAUGGACCAGGAGCGGAAGGGCAGCGCGAACAGUCUACACUUAAUGACGAAGUUCGUGAUCUCGCAGGACAACAAGACGACAGCCAGGAUGAUGUUCCAGGUCUUGCAACCCGAAGAGCUUCGUUGUUCGCUCAUGCUCAAGCAGCUGCGUUCCAAAGGCAUGACGAAGGACUACUACUCUGGCUGGGCACACUGGUCUUGGAUGAGCACUGCAAAGGACCACGUCAGGACUUUGUCGAAUUUGGAAGGUUUAUCUCGUGUCGGCCUCGACCUGACACUGGCACGCGCACAACCCCCGGCGGAGACAGAGCUUGUCUGGCAGGACUCGCUCGCAGGCCAAAUGACGCAGUUGACACUACAGAUCCUGCGGCUGCGGGUAGCAGCUGGACGAAGCACACGUUGUACAGAGUUUGCCACGUCGAGCUUUGCAACGAUUGUUCUUUUGCAUCAAUGGCACCAGGGUAUGCGCAAAGAUGCCAAAUGGAAGAAGCCGGCAGAGGAGGUAUCCAAGCUGGCCGGGGAGUUGCUUCAAGGCCUCGCUUCCUUGUUCCUGCAGACCCCGCAGGACUUCUCAUUCACGUGGGACGGAAACACUCUGGUGCUGCCGUUCAAAGGAGGUUCGCUGGACGUGGACGAGGUUGUACUGCAAAACAGUUUACUUGCUAAAGUACUACACCGCGAUCGUUCCCGAUUCAUGGACGUGCUGCAGGAUGUGAAUGUGGACUGCACCCGUCGGACAAUUGGAGACACUCGCAAGUCAUCUAGUUUGAGGACGAAGUACUACUUGUUGGCGGCUUUGGCACGUGCCAUGGAUUCGUCGGACGACACGCAUUCCUGCUGGACAUCUUUGAAUGUGAAGCAAGUGAUGAGCACCUCCGGAUAUCGUCGGUCGUCCACGAGUGUUCGACAAGAGGUUGCGAGUUCAUCGAAUGCCACACGCAGGACACUUACCUCCACAUUGCAAGGACAUGCGUUCACCGUGCAGGACAGCAGCGAACAGCAGGACGAACAAAAUAUCAAGAAGCACGCUUCUAUGGACGCACACAGGCUAGCACGCAUGGAGCGAUACGCCUAUGUCACGCAGGGCAAGUCAGAUUUCCUCUCGACGGACAUUUUGUGCGUUGUGGUCCAGAAAUCGUCCGUCUUGUCGGCUGAGCAGUGGAAAGCUAUGUGGAACAAGGCUUCCAAGAAGUUCCUCGGGAUCGAGAAACCCGUUGGACCUGGUCAUGCGGAGGACCGGCUGGCCACACUGUCUUGGAUGCAGGACAUAAACCACGGCUUGCGACCCAUUGGCUGGACUUUUGGCUGCUGCCAGAGCACGCCGGCCGGCCCCGCGGAGGACGACACGAAGGCUAAACGUGCACCGAUCAUGAUUUUGUGCACCGACCAAGAAGCAACACAGCUGGCGGCUGUCUCCUUCUUGAAGAACAAAAAGAGCCUCUGGAUCGAACACGUCUCGGACCCCGCCCACAGGUCGCACAACGACGUGGCUUUGGCCUUGUCGGCCGCUGGACUCCUGAAGUUCUGCACAUGGUGCAUCUCGCUGUACAACAUCAGGUAUGGACCCUGGCAGAAGGGCUCGUGGGCGUUGAAGAUCCAGCAAGCCGCAAAUCGCAUGAAGGACAACAUGGACCCCUCGGACCCGAUAUUGCUCCUUUUCUUCCCGGACAUUCUGCUGGACGCCGGCCUCUCCCCCCUGGACGACAACACGGAGGAGAAACGCAGGUCGUUUUUGCAGACAUUACCCGACAUUGACUGCAUCCGCAUCAAGGGCACGAAGGCCAGCAAGAGUCGGUUCAAUUCCCUGACGACGGCCCACAGCGCGCUGGACAAAGAGUGGUCGGUCUUGGCUUUAGUUCUCACGGUGGUCUGCUUGGAGCACAACUGGGUAGUUUCCACUAAGGACCUCUUCUCGCAGGACAGCAACCAGGCCCGUGCCUCGGUUCCAUAUGGUGGAAGCAAGUCUUCUGCCAUACAUGAGGCCAAGCAAGGCAUGGACCAGGAGCGGAAGGGCAGCGCGAACAGUCUACACUUAAUGACGAAGUUCGUGAUCUCGCAGGACAACAAGGCGACAGCCAGGAUGAUGUUCCAGGUCUUGCAACCCGAAGAGCUUCGUUGUUCGCUCAUGCUCAAGCAGCUGCGUUCCAAAGGCAUGACGAAGGACUACUACUCUGCCUGGGCACACUGGUCUUGGAUGAGCACUGCAAAGGACCACGUCAGGACUUUGUCGAAUUUGGAAGGUUUAUCUCGUGUCGGCCUCGACCUGACACUGGCACGCGCACAACCCCCGGACGAGACAGAGCUUGUCUGGCAGGACUCGCUCGCAGGCCAAAUGACGCAGUUGACACUACAGAUCCUGCGGCUGCGGGCCGGGGCACAGCUGUACCAUACUGGAGGUUUCGGUGCGACCGCAGGACUAGUCCAUGCUGAAGAGCAGUUCCGUCGGGCAAGCUUGGAUUUUUUCAAAGAGAUGCAGUCUUGUAUCCAGGACACGCACAGUGGUGGUUCUCGUAUGGCAAAAAAAUUGCUCGAAGGUCAUUUCUCCCAAGGGCCGAUUAGUCGGUACAUCCUCGCCGAUCUUUGCACUACCCGGUUUCAGAGCCUUACGGAGGACGUUGCACACGUAUUGACCAGCAUUUGGUCGGGCCUCUUGAACACGAAGAUCAUCGAAGACUGUAAUAAAGUCCAGCGCGAGGCCGAGCAACGACAUUCGUCUUCGAAGGACUUGGGUCGUUUGGACGGAUGGAAGGCUGUGACCCAACAGGCCGUGGUCAAGAUGUACGAGAGGGUGGAGGCACUGUCAACGGAGCUCUACCACACGCCGGCAGCGUUUGACGUGGCCAAACUUUUCUGCAAAGACACCGAGAAGAAGAAGAUUCAAGCAGUUCGUCGUCGUUCCGAUUCGACGGUCAGCACGCAGGUCAGUGCCUCGGAGGUGCAGGAAGCACAGCUUCUUGCAGACGUGACGAAGACGAGGGACUGGGUCUCCCACAACCACGCCGAGGAACAGGAGGUUUUGGCUGCCUUCAGUUUACUGAUGAAGGCGUGGAGGGCCAAGCGAUGGUCGCUUUGUGAAGAAGGUUGGUGCUCUGGACUUUUGCCCGAAGGACAUGUUGUACUGGCAGGUGCAGACCCGUUGUUCAUCGUUCGGACAUACCGUUUGGCUGCACUCGCAUGGCCCGGCAAGAUCGUUAAGGACAAGGACCAUGAGUUUUUCGAAUUCAACAUGGGCGUUCGGUCUCUCUUUUGGAUGCACAGCACAUCUUUGGACUUGGAAGCGUUGCGGCUGCGAGUUGUUUCACCUCUGCGUGCCUCGGCUGCAGUACAGUUGAACAUUGUCAGCCCGACACGGACAUUCUCUACAUAUAUAUUCGUCCUAUAA